GGAAUGUCUUCAAUGAGACGUCCAUCACCAAUGUUUGACCACAGAGUGUCAACACGUCAGUGGAUACGGAGCUGGCAGGUUCGAACAAGAAUACAGACCGGUUCUCCUUGGUGGGUUAAUCAUUGAGAGAAGGCAGCCUUCUCUGAAUGGCAGGAUGGUAGCCGCAGUAAUUACACCCCCGUGAUCCGCCCUCAUCUCUCUUCACCCUCCGCUGAGGGACUUCCUGAGUCUGCCUCAGUGAUGGGGCAGUAAGGCUGCACACACACUUUUCAACUUUUUCUCUCCUUUUUCUUUUGGAUAAUUUGCUGCCAUGUUGCGGGUUGUGGUAGAAUCGGCCAAAAACCUGCCCAAGAAGAAGGUUGGCAGUCCGGAUCCAAUCACGUCUGUGAUCUUUAAAGAGGAGAAGAAGAAAACUAAAUCUAUUGACAGCGAGGUCAAUCCUGUCUGGAAUGAGGUGCUUGAGUUUGACUUGAAGGGAACUCCUCUGGACUCCGGCUCCUUCAUCGACGUGGUUGUGAAAGACUAUGAAACCAUUGGGAGAGACAAAUUCCUUGGAUCCACUAAGAUCUCACUGAGAGACCUAGCCUCAGGUCAGGCCCGAUCCCUGCCAUCGAAAAACAUUCCUCUGGUCAAUGAAAAUGGACAGAACGUUGGAGCCACCAUUGACCUGGUUGUCGGCUACGAUCCUCCACCCAACGCUGCUCCAAACCCUGGUGACCCCCACAGUGGAGAUGCCUUCACGGACACUGAUGGAGGAGGAGGAGGUGAAGAAGAAGGAGGUGAGACUCAGUCUGACGGCAGCCCGGCAGCGCCCUCUGGUGGAACAUCACCCUCUGGUGGGACCGUUAACCUCCGUCAGAGACUGGCCAGGUCGCAGAAACGACAUCGACUGGUCAACAAACCUCAGGACUUCCAGAUCCGUGUGCGGAUCAUCCAGGCCCGUCAGCUGCCUGGAAAUAACAUCAGACCUGUGGUGAAAAUCAGUGUGUGUGGACAGACCCACAGGACCAGGAUCAAACGGGGGAACAAUCCUUACUUUGACGAGAUGCUGUUCUACAAUGUCCACAUGCUUCCAUUAGAUCUGUUUGACCAACAAAUCAGUUUCAGGGUGUACGACUCCUACUCUCUGAGAGCAGACAGCCUGAUGGGAGAGUUCAAGCUGGAUGUUGGAUAUGUUUAUGAUGAACCAGCUCACUCCAUUCUGAGGAAGUGGGUGCUGCUCAACGACCCAGACGACUCCACCUCUGGGGCCAAAGGUUACCUCAAAGUCAGCCUGUUCGUGUUGGGGACAGGAGACGAGCUGCCGGUGGAGAAGCGGGAGGCCAACGACGACCUGGACGACAUCGAGAGUAACUUGCUGCUGCCGGCCGGAGUCUCUCUGAGAUGGGCCACACUGUCGCUGAAGGUCUUCAGAGCUGAAGACGUUCCUCAGAUGGAUGAUGCUUUUGUUCAAACACUGAAGGGAAUUUUCGGAGGAGAUCAAAACAAGAAGAACCUGGUGGAUCCUUUCCUGGAGGCUCGCUUCGCAGGGAAAAAGCUGUGUACUCAGAUAAUUGAGAAGAACGCAAACCCAGAGUGGAAUCAAAUACUGCACCUGCAAGUCAAGUUUCCCUCCAUGUGUGAGUCUGUCAAACUGACCGUCUUUGACUGGGAUCGUCUGACAGGAAAUGAUGCUAUUGGUACCACAUACCUGAACCUCUCCAAGAUUGCCUCCUCUGGUGGAGAGAUAGAAGAGGAACAUGCAGGAAGUCAUGAAAUGCCAUCGUUUGAAGCCAAGACGGGUCAGGCUGAGGUGGGUUUCCUGCCCGUCUUUGGACCUUGCUUUGUGAAUCUGUACGGCAGCCCCAGAGAGUUUACUGGACUGCCGGACCCCUACGAAGAUCUCAACCUGGGCAAGGGAGAAGGCGUGGCCUACAGAGGCCGCAUCCUGGUGGAGCUCAGCACCAAGUUGGAAGGAAAGGUGGACAAAACUGUGGACAGCAUCCACAGUGAUGACGUCCUGGUAGCACAGAAGUACCAGCGGAGGAGAAAGUUCUGCCUGUGUGCCGUCUUCCACAGCGCCACCAUGAUCCAGGAACCUGGAGAACCGAUCCAGUUUGAGGUCAGCAUCGGCAACUACGGCAACAAACUGGACACCACGUGCAAACCGCUGUCGUCCACCACUCAGUACAGCUGCGCUGUAUUUGAUGGUAACCACUAUUAUUACCUGCCCUGGGCCAACACUAAGCCUGUGGUGGUGGUUACCUCAUUCUGGGAGGACAUCAGCCACCGUCUGGACUCUGUCAACAUCAUCCUCUACAUUUUAAACAAUCUGCAAUCCAACCUGGAGGCCUUUAAAACCGCCAUCUCUGCCAAAGUCACAGACAACCAACUGGUCGAGGUGUGGCUGAAGUUACUCAACCAGCUGAUAGAGGAUCUGGAGAGUUUACCAAUGCCAGAGCUGGAGGGUCGCUCCAACCUGACCUCUCUGGACAUCCAGAUUAAGAAGCUACGAGACAGCACUUUAGCCUCCAUCAGACAGGGAGCCAGGAACAUGAGAGAGGAGGCCAUGGAGAUCAGAGACACCCUCCCUGACAUCGAGGCCUGGGCAGAGAAACUGAGACUGUUGGCUGAGGAGCCCCAGAACAGUUUGCCUGACGUGAUAAUCUGGAUGCUCCGAGGUGAGAAGAGAGUGGCGUACAGUCGGAUCCCAGCUCAUCAAAUCCUGUUUUCAACCUACAGCGAACAGGCCUGUGGACAACACUGUGGUAAAACUCAGACCAUCUUCUUAAAGUAUCCGAUGGACAAGGAGAAAGGACAGAAGGUUCCGGUGCAGACCAGAGUCAACAUGUGGCUGGGUCUGUCUGCCCAUGAAAAGAAGUACAACUCCUUCUCUGAGGGAACCUUCAGUGUGUUCGCAGAGCUGUAUGAGAACCAGGCCAGAGUGUUUGGGAAGUGGGGGACCACAGGACUGGUGGGACGCCACAAAUAUUCAGACGUCACGGGCAAACUGAAGCUCAAACAGGAGUACUUUAUGCCCCCCAGAGGAUGGGCGUGGGAAGAGCAGUGGUUCAUCGACCCAGAGAAGGCUCUGCUGACUGAGGCAGACGCAGGACACACGGAGUUCAUGGAUGAGGUUUUCCAAAAUGAGACUCGUUUCCCCGGGGGAGAGUGGAAGUCGGCCUCCGAGCCUUUCACUGACGUGAAUGGAGAAAAGAGCCGUAACCCAGGGGAGUUUGACUGUCCACCAGGUUGGACCUGGGAGGACGAGUGGACCGUAGACGACAACAGAGCAGUGGAUGAUCAAGGUUGGGAGUACGGAGUGACCAUCCCCCCAGAUGACAAGCCUCGCUCCUGGGUUCCCACAGAGAAGGUCUACCACGUCCACCGCAGGAGAAGACUGGUCAGGCCCCGCAGGAGAGCAGCGCCUCCUGCAGGAACACCUAAGGAGAGACAGGAUCAGGGAGAUCCUGAAGGAUGGGAGUUCUCCUCUCUGAUUGGCUGGAAGUUCCACAGGAAAGAGCGCUCAUCUGAUACGUUUAGGCGCAGGCGCUGGAGGAGAAAGAUGGGACCCGAGGACCGACUCGGAGCGUCUGCCAUCUUCAAACUGGAGGGGGCACUAGGAGUCGAUACUGAGGAAAAGGAGAAAGACUCUAAGACGGAUGCCUCCAAGCUGUUUGGUGCCAACACACCCACUGUAUCCUGUACCUUUGACAAGUCGUACAUCUACCACCUCCGUGUCUACAUCUACCAGGCGAGGAACCUGAUGUCUAUGGACAAGGACAGUUUUUCAGACCCGUAUGCACACAUCUCCUUCCUCCACGUCAGUAAGACAACAGAGAAGCUGCAGGCGACACUGAACCCGACCUGGGACCAGACCCUGAUCUUCAACGACGUGGAGAUUCACGGAGACCCUCAGCACAUCGCUCAGCAUCCUCCUGAUGUCGUGGUGGAAUUCUAUGACCAUGACCAAGUGGGGAAGGAUGAGAUGCUAGGACGCACCAUCUGUGUCCCAAUGGUGAAGCUGAGUAGCAGCAUGGACCAGACGCCGAAGCUGCUGUGGCAUUCCAUCAUCCAGAGGGGUCAGAAGGCAGGAGAGGCUCUGCUGGCUGCUGAGCUCAUCCUUAAGGACAAGUCUGGUGAGACCGACCUUCCCUUGGUUCCUCCAAAGAGAGCGGAAAACCUCUACAUGGUUCCACAGGGAAUCCGGCCCGUGGUGCAGCUCACAGCUGUGGAGAUUCUGGCCUGGGGUCUGAGGAACAUGAAGCCUUACCAGUUAGCCUCAGUGAAUUCUCCCAGCCUGGUGGUGGAGUGUGGAGGUCAGCGGGUGGAGUCCGCCGUCAUCAAGAACAUGAAGAAGAGCCCUAACUUCCCCAGCUCUGUUCUCUUCAUCAAAGUGCUCCUGCCCAAAGAUGAGAUGUACACACCCCCCAUCGUCCUGAAGAUCAUCGAUCAUCGUCCCUUUGGUCGGAAGCCUGUAGUCGGCCAGUGCACCAUCUCUUCCUUGGAGGAGUUCAGAUGUGACCCAAACAUCAUCACUGCAGACGGCGCCAUGGCUUCUAAAAUGGCCCUGAUGAUGUCAUCCCCAAAGAAUUACAUCUCUAUCAACAUGGAGGAGUGCAGACCACUGCUGGAAGCUGAGUUCAUGUACAGCAUGUCAGCUGCUGUCAACAAAAUGGCUUCUCCCACCUUGUCCCACUUUAUUGCAGAAAAGGAGAAGGAGACGGUGGACUGGUGGAGCAAGUUCUACGCUUCGAUCGGCGAAAAGGAGAAAUGUGGUCCAUACAUAAAGAAAGGAUACGACACCCUCAAAGUGUACGACUGUGAACUGGAGAGCGUCCCAGAAUAUAAAGGACUGACGGAUUUCUGCAACACAUUCAAACUGGAGAGAGGGAAGAAUGAAAACAAUGAAGACGACCCCACAGUUGUUGGAGAGUUUAAGGGCUCAUUUAAGGUGUACCCUCUGUCUGACGACCCCGGUGUAAUUGCCCCCCCCAGACAGUUCAGGGAGCUGCCGGACAGUGGUCCACAGGAGUGUCUGGUCAGGCUCUAUGUGGUCCGGGGCAUAGAUCUGCAACCCAAAGAUAACAACGGCAGAUGUGAUCCAUACAUUAAGAUUUCACUGGGACGGAACACCGUUGACGACCGAGACCAUUACCUACCAAACACCAUCUGCCCCGUCUUUGGAAGGAUGUUUGAGAUGACCUGUUUCCUGCCCCAGGACAAAGACCUGAAGAUCUCAGUCUAUGACUACGACCUCCUGACCCGUGACGAGAAGGUGGGCGAGACAGUGAUCGACCUGGAGAACAGAUUCCUGUCCAGAUAUAACUCCUACUGUGGUCUGCCACAAACCUACUGCAUUUCUGGUGUCAACCAGUGGAGGGACCAGCUGAAGCCGUCGGAGAUCCUGGAGAACAUGGCCCGUCUCAAAGGUCUGUCCAAACCCAGGACUGAGGACAAUGGGACCUCACUCACCUUCAACGGCAGAGACUACACCCUAGCUGAGUUUGAAAACAACAAGGAAGUCCACCAGCACCUGGGUCCGGCCAAAGAACGACUGUGUCUCCACGUGCUCCUGAAGCAGGGACUGGUACCAGAACACGUGGAGACCAGAACUCUUUACAGCAGCUUCCAGCCAAAUCUUUCCCAGGGAAAACUUCAAAUGUGGGUGGAUGUUUUCCCCAAAAGCAUGGGUCUCCCCGGUCCCCCCUUUGACAUCACACCACGCAAGGCCAAGAAGUAUUUCCUCAGAGUGGUCAUCUGGAACACCACUGACGUGACACUGGACGAGACCAGCAUCACAGGAGAACAGAUGAGCGACAUCUAUGUCAAAGGGUGGAUGCCAGGAAUGGAGGAGGACAAGCAGAAGACCGACGUCCACUACAGGUCCCUCGACGGAGACGGUAACUUCAACUGGAGGUUCGUCUUUGACUUUGACUUUCUGCCUGCUGAGCAGCUCUGCCUGGUGUCCCGUAAGGAACACUUCUGGAGUCUUGACAAGACCGAGUUCAGAAUUCCACCAAAGCUCAUUGUCCAAAUAUGGGACAACGACAAAUUUUCCUUGGAUGACUACCUGGGAACUCUGGAACUGGAUCUCCGGGACGUGGUUCCUCCUGCUAAAACCCCAGAGAAGUGUUCUCUGGAAAUGAUGAACAUCUUGGAUUUGAAUGUUUCACGCAAGCUGAAGAGCGCCAAGUCUCUGUUCGCACAGCAGUCAGUCAGAGGCUGGUGGCCCUGCUCCAUCGAAAAGGACGGACAGAGGGCCCUGGGUGGUAAAGUGGAGAUGACGCUGGAGAUCGUAAGUGAAACAGUUGUUGAUGAAAGACCUGCAGGAAAGGGCAGAGAUGAACCAAACAUGAACCCAAAACUAGAUCCUCCAAAUCGCCCAGAAACUUCGUUCUUCUGGUUCACCAACCCAUGUAAGACCAUGAAGUUCAUAGUGUGGAGGAGGUUCAGGUGCAUCUUCAUCGCUCUCAUCCUCCUCGUCAUCGUGGUUCUCUUCCUCGCUAUCCUCCUCUACUCUCUACCGAACUACAUCUCCAUGAAGAUUGUGAGGCCUCUGCAGUAACCACCGGACCAACUGGAACACACAUCUGUAAAGCCUUUAUUAGUCUUUUUAAAGGGGGCCAAGGGCUGGGGGGCGGGGGUCUUCUUGCACAUUUGCACUGUAACGACUUAAUUCUAAUCACCAACACACUGAGGGCACAGUUGAACUUUGACUCUUUUCAUCACCGUGUCUGAAACUGGACGUCAUUUAUCUUCACCUAAACGACCUUUAAUCUCAGCACAUCACUAAAAAAAACAAGAAAAAAACACCAGAAUAUGCCUUUUUCUUUGUUGUCAUAUGUAUGCAAAGCAAGUGUCGGACACUUUAUUAUAGGACUGUUUAAUCUGAUGUAUUUACACUUUUCACUGUUUUUCAACCAGCUCUUCGAUCAACACCUGAGUCUUUUUAUGUCAGAGAACAAAUUAAACCAUGUGUUUACCAGG